AUGUGGCUGCACUUCAACGAUGACUUGCAAAUCGACGCCUACGAUUUCAUGCCCCGCAAGCUCGACAAAUUCCUUGACACUGUAGCGCUGAUGCUAUCGGACCAGAUCUCUUUGGAAAUGCCACUAAACGUCAAGGAUAACAUUGCAAGUAUCAUUUCGCAAAAGGUCUCAGAGGACGUUUGUACAGCAGCUUUGGAAGAUUGCACUGGAACUAAUCAGCAAUAUGAUUCUAAGAGCGCGUGUGUAAAGUCGGUCAGUAGCUCGGAGACCGAUACGGAUAUCUGCCGAUAUAUGUUCAAGAAUAUGGUGCAGUCUGAGCCCGACGCGCACUGCGCAAGCCUUGGUCCGGAUGGAGGCGACUGUGAUGUCUUCGAACUGACGUAUCGUAAGCAAAUGCGACGCCCUUUGCUUAUACACCACUUCAGUGCCCUGUUCUCUACAAUUUUCCUGCAAGUCAUGCUUCAGAUGUCCAUGCAUAUUGAAAUCGUUUGCGUGGGACUGCUAUGGCUCUUCCAAGUAACGACCGAACAAUCCAUUUCCAUCAGGCUUCUUUUAUAUCUGCUGAAGUAUCCCAGGCAUGUAGUAGAACCAACGUUAAAGUUCGCCACGCAAAGCAUCUACAAAACCGUGUUCCUUGUGUGGUUAUUGGUGUGGUGGGGAUUGAAACUGGCUAAGUAUCACAAAGACUUCGACAUCGCACUCAGUGUCAUGUUGAUGUUGACUUGCACUGUUCUUAUGGCAACACAAGUCCAAGGGCCUUACGCGGUGUGGGCUAUCGCACAAAAUAUUUCUCGUUCGUGUCAACGACUAGCCAUCAAGAAGUCAGCCAUUGACAUAGACAAUGUAUUCCUGUUGCGGGACGACACAAGUACCUGA